CUAAAUCAUCUUAAUUUAGUCAAUUGAAAUUAGUCAAACUGAAAGGAUGUCAGCAACAGCCGAUAGUGUAUUUGUAGCCCGUUCUCAGGGUAUUUCUGCUGAAGGUAUACGUGAUCAGUAUGCUGAUGGUAAGGCAGCUAAAGUCUGGGAAAUCUUUAUUGGUGAUAAACGUUCUCGUACCGAUAAUUACAAGCAUUUUCUAAUUGAUUUGUUAAGAUCGAAAGGAUGCAAACGGUUAUUGGAUGUUGCUUGUGGAACGGGAGUUGACUCAAUUAUGUUAUUGGAAGAGGGUUUUGAAGUUGUAUCUGUAGAUGCAUCCGAUAAGAUGUUGAAAUAUGCCUUAAAGGAGCGUUGGAGUCGUCGUAAGGAACCAGCUUUUGACAAAUGGAUUAUUGAAGAAGCCAAUUGGUUAACAUUGUAUGAUGACAUCCAACACGAAGUCAAAGAAGGUUUCGAUGCUGUCAUUUGCUUGGGUAAUUCAUUUGCUCACAUGAUGGAUUCGUUUGGUGAUCAACGUGAACAAAAACAAGCUGUAAAUAAUUUCCGAAAAUGCCUCAAACCCGGUGGAAUACUUUUAAUUGAUCAUAGGAAUUAUGAUAAUAUUUUACAAACUGGAGCAACACCAGCGAAAAGCUUGUAUUAUAAUACCUCUCAUACUGCUGAUAUCAAGACAUCCGUUCUAUUUUAUUGUGGCAAACCAGCUUUGGUAGCAAUGGACUAUCAAAUUGAGGCCAAUAAUGAAACCAGUGAAUUUCGUCUAUCAUAUUAUCCGCACGAGUUAAAAACAUUCACUAAUAUGUUGAAGGAAGUAUUUAACGACAAAGCUGAUCAUAAAAUUUAUGGUGAUUUUAAAGAUUUAAAUGUUAUUAAACAUCCAGCAUUUUAUAUUCAUCUUAUUGAAAAAAUUAAAUAAAAACUUUUUUUUUUUUUAAUUUUAUACCAUUCCUAUGUAAUUGUAAAUAAAAUUGUAAAAAUAAAAUAAAAUCAGAAAAAAAAUUUUUACCAUACCUGGUAGGGUAUUUUUCAAUUUAAUUGAUAUGAAUUGCUAAUUUUCAAUCAACACAAAUAAAGUAACAAACAAUAAAUGAAAACAAAAAGGUGUUGUGAUGGAAUUGCCACGCACCCAAAUUCAGCUGAUAAUGUAGUUCUACAUUCUAGUAUAUAGAAUUUUCAGACUUGCAUAUCAAUUUAAUAUACCUACCUAAUAGAAGACCACACACAAUAUGGCGGUUAGGUCGUAUUUUCAAUCAGUUUUCGAAUAUUAUCGAGACAGAAUGGAAUUUAUUGUUGAUGUUGUUGUUUUUGUAUUGUCCUUUGGGGCAAUUCUUAAUAAAUAUUUAAUUAUUUAAUUCAUAAACAAAAUAAAUAAAAAUGAAGGAAUGGAAGAUUGGAAUAAAGGAACAAACCAAAAGGCACUAGUGAAUACCACCUACCAUGUAGAUGUUAACCCAUCCACCGCACUGUGAAUAUUUAAAUAAUUUUUUUUUUAUUGUUGUUAAUUUUUUGUUAGAAAUGUUAAUUAAAAACUGCAUUUGUAUUCUUUAUGCUCAUUAAAAUUUUGUAAAUAUAAA